AUGGGGAACGCCACGAGCUGGUUGACGCAGUCGCUCUGCCCCGAGGAGCAGGCGCUGUGGGUGGCGGCCAAGAGCGGGGACGUGGCCACGCUGCGCCAAGGACUGGCGCGCCUCACGCCCGAGACGCGCUUCCACGCCGAGUGGAGGGACCCCGUGUACGGCUACUCGCCGCUGGCCAACGCGUGCUCGCAGGGUCAUCUGCACUGCGUGCAGGCGCUGCUCGCGUACGGCGUGGACUGCAACGCCCGCGACUCGCAGGGCAACACGCCGCUGCACAUCGCCACGGCCUGUGGCAAGAGCGAAGUCGUGCGGCUGCUGCUGGAGACCCCGGCGGUGGACUGCUUCGCCAAGACGUCCACCAAGGCGCAGACAGCGCUGGACAUCGCACGCCAUGCAUACAGAACAUCGGAGGGACGAGGACACAAGUACAUACAGUGCGUGGAGCACAUUGAGAAGAAACUCUGUAUCUACUCAGGGUGGCUGUAUGAGAGAUCGGACAACUUUUUGUCGAUUGCGUCGGGAAUAUCAAGCUUGGACUCGUGGAAGAAGAGAUACGCGAUGGUACUUCGGACUGCAGCGCGAGAUGUUGCCGAGAUCGAUCUGUUCCCGAUGAGGCCUGGAGAGCGACGCCCGCCGGUCCCUAGAAUUUCGGAUGUCUUUGAAGGUGUCGCGGAAUCGAUGGACUUCGCUGCUACAAACCAAGGCGAACUGGUUGCGUGGAAAUCGUUCUUGACCAGUCUGCGGGUCAACGCCCCAGCGAGUCCGAUCACUACCGCUUUCGGAGGUCAGCGAAUUGCUCCACCACAACCUGCUCGGCCUGCUGCUAUGUCGGCUCCAAGCGCAAGUCCUACCCAGGCUGCACUGCUUCAGGAGCAACGCGAUUUGGAGCGAGCUCUACGACUCUCUCUUGAGGAAUCCCGGCGUCACCCCAGAACGAACUCGGCGCCGUCUGCUCCACCUCCUUCCGACACAAUGCUGGAAACCCUAGGCUACUCGGAAGCGAUUGUGGGGCCUGAUGGAGUGGAGAUUGUGCAGCUUAUGCCAUCUCCACCUCCUUCCUUGAGCUCCCCGGCGAAGAAUACUCCUGGACAAGGUGCUGGGGCUCAGAGCAAUGACGAGUGCGUGAUUUGCUUUGAUGGGCAUCAGGAAGCGGUUUGCGUCCCAUGUGGCCACAACGCAGUCUGCAUGGACUGCGCGCAGGAGCUUCUUGACACCACUCGUCUGUGCCCGGUGUGUCGGCAGCAAGUGAGGGAGGUGAUUCGUCUCUACCGUGUUUGA